AUGGAGGGGUAGGUUGUGCAUAUUUUUCCAAGAAAAAUAUUGAGUGAUUUUCGCAUAAUUAUUAUGUUACAAACUGCAAAAGACAGCAAACUUGUGCAAGAUUUACUGUUUUUCAACAUUAGUUAGUUUACACUCGCAGAUCACGAAACUACCGCCAUGGCAACACUGAUCAUAAUAAUAGCAACACUGCUAUCCUACACUCAUUCAGAGUACAUACCUCCUGGUCCCAGAUACCCGUGCCCGAAAGAGACGCAGCUAUUGCACCCGUGUGUUUGUGAGAAAGGGACAGACGCAGGGUUGUACAUCCGAUGUGAGAAUUCAGGGUUGGCAGUGUUGAGUGUGGGUAUAGGAAAUUUGGCUGGUUUGGGGCAGCCUAUAGAGAGGUUGCUAUUAAAAGAGUGUAAAAUUUCAAACCUCUUCGGGCCUCUACUACAUCGGUCAAUAAUCAGAGUUCUUCAUAUAGAGGACACGCCAAUCAAGGCAAUUGACAAAUAUGCUUUCGCCGGGGUCAACAGGACCUUGCAGGAGGUCAGAAUGGUCAAUACGAAGAUCGAGGAGUUCCCUAAGGAGGCUUUUAAGAUCCUAGGUAACCUGUCCAUUUUAUCCAUAGACGGUCACAGUAUGUCGAAGUUGGAUAAGGACAUGUUUGCCGGGAGCGAAUUCGCCGGCCGCCUGGAGAGGUUGCAUCUGUCAAACGGACUCAUAGCCGAGUUUGCGCCGGAGACGUUCCAGAAUCUUAAAAAGUUGAAGACAUUGGACCUUCACGGUAACAGACUGUCGACGUUCAAGAGGAACCAGUUCAAAGGGCUGAGGGACGCGGAAGUGUUAGAUUUAAGUUACAACAAUAUAACGAAAUUGGACGGCAGCCAUAUUGGUGACAUGACCAAACUCGGCUGGUGUAAUGUCAGUCACAAUGAAAUAGCUGACAUGCCGAGGGGUAUGUUCGCAAGAAAUACUGUACUUAAAGUGUUACAUUUGGACAAUAACAAGUUGAAGAAAUUGGACACGAACAGUUUCAAAGGAAUGAGGUUUAUGAGGCGUAUUUUUCUGCAAGACAAUCAGAUAUCAGACAUUGGUCGCGGCACAUUCUCGGCUGUGACCAGGAUUGGCACUAUUGAUCUGGCGAGGAAUAAAAUUAACAAAAUCGACUAUCAGAUGUUCAAAGAAGUCAAAUAUGCUGAGCUCAUAAACUUAGCGGAAAACAACAUAACGACAAUAGCGACCCAAGCUUUCACAGAUCUAUAUCUGUCUGUGGUGAACAUAUCUCAUAAUCAGCUGGUUACUGUGGAGAGGGGCGCGUUCCAGAACUGCAACAACAUGACUGUGCUGGACCUGAGAUACAACAAAUUGGAAGAAAUACCACGAGGCGCGUUCGAUGAGAACAGUUACGCUUUUGAGCUGAACAUAGCUUAUAAUUAUAUCAGAGAUUUUUCACAGAUACCAAUCCAAAACAUGACCGGCAUAAGAAUUCUGAACGCCUCUUACAAUCAAAUCGAAUCUAUACCAAAAAUGGCGUUUCCCAAACUUUACGAACUGCACACGGUGGACGUGUCGCACAACAAGUUGUCCGACGUGUUUAGCGGCGUUUUCCAGAAUCUCUUCUCUUUGCGAUACCUAAACCUGAGUCACAACGAUUUGGAACAAAUAAAACCGGCCACAUUCGGGUCGCUGCCUACCGUUUUCAGGCUGGAUUUGUCCCACAACAAAUUGAGGUCUGGAUCUAGGGGGGGACUGGCCAAAUUGGGGGGUUGUAGGGAAUUGGAUUUGUCAAAUAAUUACAUGGACGCGAUACCGCAAAUACCUAUCAGUUUGGGCGACCUUAACUUCGCCCAUAACAACCUUACAGAAAUAAAAGCCAACACGUGGCCGACAAUGAAUUCCCUUUUACGACUGAACCUCUCUCACAACAUGUUGGAAACACUGGAAGGUCACAGUUUCAGCGGGCUAUUGACUGUGCAACAUCUAGAUUUGUCUUAUAACGGUAUUACCAGUCCGCCGUGGCAGGCUUUGAAUACGCUAAGCAGUUUGCAGUAUUUGUACCUACAGAAUAACAACAUAACAUCUCUAUCUAAAUCAGCGUUCGGCAAUUUGCCCACGAUGUUUCACCUCGACUUGUCGUACAACAAUAUAGCGGCUGUCGCGCAACAGUCGUUCAACGGGAUGCAACAAUUGUUGGAUCUGUCGCUCAGAGGGAACCGAUUGGAUACCAUUCCUAAUGAGGCGUUUAAAGGGCUUGUCGCUUUGAGGAAACUGGAUCUAUCGCUCAAUAUGUUGCAAAAGAUGGACAAUAAAACUAACGGCUUACUCGACGACUGUUUGUCUUUGGAGAAGGUGAACUUAAGCCGUAACAGGUUUAGUUUUUUAACAAAAAAAAUGUUCCCCUCUUCACCUUGGAUACCAUAUCGACUCAUGGAAGUCGACCUGAGUCACAACGAGAUACCAGUACUUACUGCGGACAUUAUUCAAGGAACGAGAACAGUUAAGAAAUUGUAUUUGAAAGGGAAUAUUAUCAAUGACAUAAGGAGCAAUGUCCUUGGCAACUUGACGUCGUUAGAAGUGUUGGAUCUAUCAGAUAACAAUUUGAAAGAUUUAGUAUCCAGAACAUCCGUAGGCAAUUUCCAACUGCCCGAUAAUUUAACGGAGCUGUACUUAAGAAACAAUGAACUCGAGAAAUUGCCGGUGGAUGAGAUGGUCAAGUCAAAGAUACGAAUCCUGGACGUGAGAAACAACAAGUUGACGAGUUUCGAUCCUAGAUUUGUGAGGAGAAUCUCUGGUGAUGGGAUGGUGGUGUAUUUUGAAGGCAACUAUCUCCAAUGCGACUGCCUGACGCGUCCACUUAAGCAUUAUAUAAAUCAAUUAUCGUUAACGGCCCUCGAAAAAUCAUUAUACAAGAAUAUAACAUGCACGGAACCCACCAUUUUGGAAGGGGAGUCAAUAUUGAGUAUAGACGAAGAGAGAUUAUUGUGCGCUAGCAACACUGAGUUGGGUAAUCAAUUGGAGUUGUAUGGCAACACUGAGGAUUUCGUGUCAAAACCCGAUUUGGCGUUCAGGGACGUGCAAUACGCCCAAAAUGGUAUAUACGUACAUUGGUACGUGCUCACAGUUCAAGAUCUAGCCGAUUUCAUAAUCUACAUACGGGACGCAAAAAAUACAUUAUUAUAUAGCAACACUGUUUCAUACAACCUUCGUUCGCUGACCAUAAACAUAGACGACGAAUUAAAAAAUAAAAUUUCAAAUAGCGAACUGUGUAUUCAAGGUAAGACUUCUAUGGACGGCGCCAGGAAAUGGUACAGUUCGCAAUGUAGGAAGGUGGAUUCGAAUUUCGAAAGUUGGCCCAAAAAGUUGACCGUCGACAAAAGGAGGUUGACCAAAAAGGUCAAGUACAGUUGGUUCAGUAACAGCGUAUUAGGAUUAGUGAGCGAUUCGAUAUUAAUAACGUUGUGUAUUUUUCUUGGGGUUUGUUUGAAAUUGAGCGAUAUUGAUUUUUGAGUGUGCGGGUUUAUUUUUUUUUAACCAGAUUCGCAAAAUGGAAGUUCUCAAUUUGUAGCAUUUUUUUUUUGUUAAUAAUGAGGCAGAACUAUGAAUUUAUUAUUAAUUUCAAAACAUUGUAAUAUAUCAGGUAUUCGGAAUUUGUACUUUAAUAUUUUUAUUUAUGAUUAAAUAUAUAUUUUUUAUAAACGUUACAGGAAAAAAUAUUGGCAAAUAAUUUUAAUACCUAUUUGGAUGAUAUUAAUAAUACAUUGUAUAAAUUCUAGAUAUGAUUUUUGUGACGUCUUCUCUUGAAUAUGAAUCUC